CCCCCUGCUCCCCGGGCCCCAGGCAGUCCAGGGGGGGGGUCCCGGGGCGGCGAGGAGGCUGGGGGAGGAGCCUCAGGGCCGCGCCCCAAACAGCGUGGGCUCCGUCCUGCGGAGGAUCGCCUCCUUCUCCCACGGGCCCCCGCCGGACGGCAGCGGAGGCCUGGCGGGGGGGAGCCCCAAGCCCCGCAGGGCCCCCGGCGGGACCAGGGACGGGGCCCACGGCGGGACCAGGGACGAGGCCCCCGGCGGGACCAGGGACGGGGCACCCGGCGGGACCAGGGACGGGGCCCCCGGCGGGACCAGGGACGGGGCCCACGGCGGGACCAGGGACGGGGCCCCCGGCGGGACCAGGGAGGGGGCCCCCGGCGGGACCAGGGACGGGGCCAGGGACGGGGCCCCCGGCGGGACCAGGGACGGGGCCAGGGACGGGGCCCUGUCGCCGGCCCCCCUGCGGAGAGAGAGGAACCUGGAAGACAGGCUGAAGGUGGAGGAGAGUGAGAGGACGGAGGCCCCUGCACUGAUGGAGGAGAGUGAGAGGACGGAGAAGACCCCCAAAGACCCUUCCCCCUUAUCAGAGGAGCAGCAGCACGUACCGCAGCGAGGAGAGCUGGCGCUGCAGACGGGGGGGUCGGAGGGGCAGCCAGCGGUCGGAGCCCUCCCCCAGGAGGGGCAGGGGGGGCAGGAGGGGCAGGGCAGCUCUCCGGACCCCAGGGUGGAGGGGGGGGCAGAGACGAGGGGCCCCCCCCCCGGAGGCCCCCAGGGGGGCGUCCUCAGGGGUCCUGACCUCUUGGGCUACGUGGGCAUCGAGGCCGUGCUGGACCAGAUGCGCCGCAAGACCAUGAAGGCCGGCUUUGAGUUCAACAUCAUGGUGGUCGGUCAGAGCGGCUUGGGGAAGUCCACCUUGGUCAACACGCUGUUCAAGUCCAAAGUCAGCCGCAAGUCCUGCUCUCCAAACUAUGAAGAGAAGAUCUCCAAGACCGUCCAGCUGCAGUCGGUCAGCCAUGUCAUCGAGGAGAAGGGGGUGAGGAUGAAGCUGACCGUCAUCGACACGCCCGGGUUCGGAGACCAGAUCAACAACGACCGCUGCUGGGAGCCCGUCGUGAAGCACGUCAACGAGCAGUACGAGAAGUACCUGAAGGAGGAGCUGAGGGUGAACCGCCAGAGGAAGAUCCCCGACACGCGCGUCCACUGCUGCAUCUACUUCCUGCCUGCGUCCGGACACUGGCUGCGGCCGAUCGACGUUGAGUUCAUGAAGCGGUUGGGGAAGAUCGUCAGCAUCGUUCCUGUCAUCGCCAAGGCUGACACGUUGACCCUGGAGGAGAGGACCGAGUUCAAACAGAGGAUCAGACAGGACCUGGUGGCCAACGGGAUCCAGGUGUACCCCCAGAAGGAGAACGACGAAGACGCGGAGGAGCGGCUCCUCAACAACACCAUCAGGGAGAGCAUCCCCUUUGCAGUGGUGGGGACGGACCGGGAGCACCAGGUGAAUGGCCACCGGGUCCUCGGCCGCAAGACCAAGUGGGGAAUCGUGGAAGUUGAAAACGUGGCCCACUGUGAGUUUGCCAACCUGCGGGAUCUCCUGAUUCGGUCCCACCUGGAGGACCUGAAGCAGGUGACCCACGACGUCCACUACGAGACCUACCGCGUGCAGCGCCUCACCGCCGGGGCUGUCCACCAGGGGGGCCCCAACGGCAGCGACCUGGAGAGCCACCUCUAAUGGGGGGGGGGGUGUGUCUGUGUCUGGGUGUAUAUGUGUGUGUGUAUGUGUGUGUGUGUGUGUGUGUGUGUGUGUGUGUGUGUGUGUGUGUGUGUGUGUGUGUGUGUGUGUGUGUGUGUGUGUGUGUGUGUGUGUGUGUGUGUGUGUGGGUGUGCGUCUGUGUGUGAGUGUGUCUGUGUCUGUGUCUGUGUCUGUGUGUCUCUGUCUGUGUCUGUGUGUGUGUGUGUGUGUGUGUGUGUGUGUGUGUGUGUGUGUGUGUGUGUGUGUGUGUGUGUGUGUGUGUGUGUGUGUGUGUGUGUGUGUGUGUGUGUGUGUGUGUGUGUCUGUGUGUGAGUGUGUGUGUGUGUGUGAGUCUGUGUGUGAGUGUGUCUGUGUCUGUGUCUGUGUGUGAGUGUGUCUGUGUCUGUGUGUGGGUGUGUCUGUGUGUGUGGGUCUGUGUCUGCGUGUGAGUGUGAGUGUGUCUGUGUCUGUGUGUGUGUCUGUGUCUGUGUCUGUGUGUGUGUCUGUGUGUGUGUCUGUGUGUGAGUGUGUCUGUGUGUGAGUGUGUCUGUGUCUGUGUCUGUGUCUGUGUGUGAGUGUGUCUGUGUGUGUCUGUGUCUGUGUCUGUGUCUGUGUCUGUGUGUGUGUGUGUCUGUGUGUGAGUGUCUGUGUCUGUGUGUGAGUGUGUGUGUGUGUGAGUGUGAGGGUGAGGGUGCGUGGGCCUUUGCAGGCAGCCUCCGUUUCUAUGACUGUGAGCUGAAGUUCUAUUUUUUAUAUUUGGGAGAGAAUUGCAUAAUGUUAGAACGAAAAAGUGGAGGAAUAGAUUUUCGUUUUUUAUUUCCAUUUCUUUGACAAAUUUCUAUUGAGGUAAAUGCGUUAAAGGCAAAUACAUUUUAAGUAUAUAUAUAUAUAUAUGUUAUAUAUGUUCAGCAAUGUGCACACAUGUCUGGAAGGACGGACUCAAAGGCCCGUUGGUGAACACGCCGUUCCUAAGUAUUUUGUACUAUGAGUCUUACUGAGUACUACGUUCAUUAUUUAGUCUUACAGGUAAAUAUGAUCAAAGAUAACCCUAAUUCUCAAGUGCUUUAAUGAGAAAUAAAUAUGAUUCAACUAUGGUUAACUCAAAGCUACACUUUGGUCCACGCUGAAAGCAACAAAAAGUUGCCCAAAUAGUUAAAGUGGGCAUAAGCGCUCCCUGCAGCAAAGUAACUCUCAUAACCUUCUUUGUGAGAACAUUGUUCUCUAAAGUUAAGCAACUAAUAAGAAUUUUUAGAUCUGUCCUAUUUUGAUUGAUUGUGUCUCGUAAAUGAUCAAAUAGUUUUAAUGAUGAACAAUGUACGAAAGAUUUAAUUUUUUGAUAAUGAUUUGGCAUAUUUCGUCUGGAGGAUUGGCUUAAGUUAUAUUUUCAUACUUCUAUCAUUAGCCACAUAUAAGUAUACAUUAAUGUGCAUGUGUAUUUGUCAUAUUGUUACUUGAGGCAAUCAAUAGGAAUACAAUACCGAUUUUGACACAAGCUAUCAAUGAUAUCGUAGGCUGUGUUAAACCAAAUAUACAAAGACCCACUGGAUUGAUUUAUUCGGGUAUUCAUGGUGCAUAUGUAGCAAGAAUAACUGCCCCUGAUUCUUGCACAACGUUACUGUUCAUAUGAAACAUUUGUUUAAUCUUUUCUUUCUGUCAUUACCGCCCCCUGGUGGCUCAGGAAGGUAUGAGUCGAAAUAAUCAGAUGUUCAAAUGGUUUCUUUAAAUCUGCUCUUUGUGACCAAAGGGAACAGAGCUCACCCACUUUCCACAAGUUAUUUUCAAGUUUCAUGUCAUGGCCCAAUUAAAACAUGUUGAUGUGUUUCAUGUUAACGGCAUUAGACCGUAGAGCAGCCAAACGCAGUGUUGCUCUGCCAAAUGCUCUGUUCUGUACCCUGAACGUUUGUAUUGAAUAUGAACAAUGCCUAUGCUAACGUUAUUCUUGCCUUUUCCUAAUAUUACCAAUAGGCUUAUGUUAACACUGAUUUACAAUUAAAUGAUUGUCACUUUCUUAUUGUCUGUUUUCUAGUAUUGUUUUAUGCUUAGCGGUUCUGUUUAACUGGAUUAUAGUGUUUAUAUCUUAAUUUAUAAAAGGUAAUGAUAUGCUAGAGCUUUUUCCCAGUCAGCAAGCUGAAGGGUUAGGUUAGAAAGUAUUUUCAAAACUGCUGCCAGAGAUUGAGUUUGGGAUAUUUUGGAAAUAACUCUGAAUAGAAAACACAUUACAAAUACCAUAGCCAUCAAAUCAGUGAAUCCAACUGUGAAUCCAAUAGUUGGUGAUGUUUCUUAAUGCAAGUCAUUGUAUUACAAUGUAUUAUUAUACAUAUAUAUGUCAUUGGAUUAAGAUACGAAGAGGAGACACAACCGAAAACAGGACCUCAAUUGGUACAACUUUUAAUUUAUAAUAGCAAGGAAUGAAACCUCCAUAAAGAGACUGGAAAGGAAGGAAAUAGUUCCCCCUUGUAAUUGCUUUCCAACUGUCAGGUGAAAUACAUCGAUUUUCUCAAAGAUACUUUUUAAGAAAUGUAUAUUAGAGGCUGUACUACAAAAGUCAGUCUCUGAUAUACAGUAUAUAUGUGACGCAUAUUUCAGAGCAAAUAUAAAUAAUAAUAAAUAAAAACCAGCUGGCGGAUUCCUCUCGUUCCCCGGCUAGCCAACCUGUGUUCACGCUAAUGGAUCCAUUAAUAUUACUGUGCCCAAGAUCCCAUCACCCACAAUACGGCUCCCCUCUCUGACAGGAAGCGCUCCAAAAGUCUCCCUGGUUACGUCCGUUUGACCAGUUACAGCUUGCAUAGCGGCGCAACAGACGAUAGCAUCUGGCCUCACCGGGACAACAGAUAACAGAUGUCAGAGUAGAGAGGACAGACAGUAGGACAAUGGACAGAGGACAGACAGUAGGACAGAGGACAGCGUCUGGCCUUUCACCGGGACAGAGGACAGACAGUAGGACAGAGGACAGACAGUAGGACAGAGGACAGACAGUAGGACAGAGGACAGCGUCUGGCCUCUCACCGCGACAGAGGACAGACAGUAGGACAGAGGACAGAGGACAGACAGUAGGACAGAGGACAGACAGUAGGACAGAGGACAGACAGUAGGACAAUGGACAGAGGACAGCGUCUGGCCUCUCACCGCGACAGAGGACAGACAGUAGGACAGAGGACAGACAGAGGACAGACAGAGGACAGCGUCUGGCCUCUCACCGGGACAGAGGACAGACAGUAGGACAAUGGACAGAGGACAGACAGUAGGACAAUGGACAGAGGACAGACAGUAGGACAAUGGACAGAGGACAGACAGUAGGACAGCGUCUGGCCUCUCACCGGGACAGAGGACAGACAGAGGACAGCGUCUGGCCUCUCCCCGGGACAGCAGGGGGAGCCAGGUGAAAUGCUCUGCGUUGAGCUCCAUGGUGAGGUCUAUAAGGACCACAGGCUGGUCCCACCGUGACCUGAGGCCUCCCUGGAGGACGGGGGACCUGGCCCGCCCGGGUCCUCAGUAGAAUACUGUUAAUACUUAUCGUCAUUGUGUGUUUAUCGUGUCCAAGCACAGAGGAGUACAUGAAGCAUUGUACAGCCAGUUAAACACAGAGGAAUUUGCAUGGGAAAAAUACAACUUAAAACUUGAAAUAUGAAUAAAUACAUAUUCCUUAUGCCUUGAAACAAAGAAAAGAAUCAGCAGCAUAUCUUUCUUUGUUUAAAUUCUUUAAUCAGUGUGCAGAACAUUGAUAAACAAGACUUUGAGUCCUUUUUGCACACUGUCUGCACAAAACAAAACAGUUUGUUUUUACAAACGGACGUAACCUGGCCUAUAUUAUUUGCAAGUCAAAAGCUUUCAAAAUAUGGAAAAAUGGCACAUCAACCAAAGCAACAAAAAGGAACGAUUCACCAAUCUGUGGCAGAAAUGAUUCGCUGGGCCAAUUCACCAAACAUGAGAACGACAGCAAUGCUUUGAGGGACAGGUUGCCAGCAUAAAACGACCAGUGCUUUACCAAUUUCAACAUUGGUUGUUACUCCUGCUUGUGUUUCACUGUUAACCAUCAGUGGGACGACAUGUGGGACAUGAGCAAGGGGAGUCCGGUUAAACAAUGAUGUCUUUGAUCGGAAAGUCAUAAGAGAACAAUGUAUAUCUUUCUUUCAUGGUGCAUAUUGUUAUUCUUGUAUUGGUUUACAGAAGUGAAGGACAGCUAUUCCAAGUAUAACUCCUAUGUUUCACAUUAUCCAUCAGAAUACUGGAACAUGGAGUUGAAGUCGUGGCCGACCACAUGGAUAACAAGCAAUGUCUGAGAGAGCUUCAAACGCACACUUACUUCAACCACGCCUCAACCCACACAACACUGGAUCACUUUUCUCUGCGGUUUAUUCCAUUACAUCUUCAUGAGAGCAAUGGACUAGAAAGAAAAGUGUUCUCUGUCUCCUGUUGCUGUUGUUGGACCCUCACACACAGCUGGAGCUUAUGAUGUGAACGCAUUAUGAUGUGAACACAUUAUGAAUGUGAACUCAUUAUGAUGUGAACGCAUUAUGAUGUGAACACAUUAUGAAUGUGAACUCAUUAUGAUGUGAACACAUUAUGAAUGUGAACUCAUUGUGAUGUGAACGCAUUGUGAUGUGAACACAUUAUGAUGUGAACACAUUACGAUGUGAACACAUUAUGUCUGACAUCACACAGCAGAACCGUAUGAUAUGAACUCUCUCAAUCUAGUCCAAAAGAGGGUUGUCAAAGAAACAAAACAUCCAAAUGAUUCCACCUCAUCAAUCAAUCAAUCAAUCAAUAAAUACAUAAAUAAAUAAAUAAAUACAUAAAUAAAAACAGCUAUUAUUAAAUAGAUAUUGUUUGAUUGAAAUAAAUAAAUAAAUAAAUUAAGAGUAUGUACAUUAUCAUGACAAGCGUUCUUUUCUGAAAAACUGCUGUUGGUCAAAAGACACACAGCUAACUGUGGCCAGCAUUUUACAGCGCACAAUAAAUAUUAUGCAUCCAUUACAGUUACGUG